CGAUUGCAUGGUUGCAGGUGUGUCUCUUCACACAGGUUUUUCCAGAAAAGGAUUAACCUUGCACAGGAUCUCUCUCAGCACAACAAGCAGAACCACGAUUGGAAGACGAGAGGAGCAUAAGCUGAGGCACCAGCAUCCCAGUGAGCCUGGGGAACAGCCCAUCCUUCUGCUUCAGGGAGUACAAGGCACCAGCCAUGCUCGCUUUCCAGCCUCUGGUACAGGGCAUGGUUUUCACCCUCUCAGUGCUCCAGGCCGUUGCUUGGGACAGCUUCACCGCGGCUGUGUACGAGCACUCGGUGAUCCUGCCAGCGCUCACCAGCAAGCCUCCCUCUCCCGACGAUGCUUUGGCAUUGAUGAACAAAAAUAUGGACAUCUUGGAAGGGGCCAUCAAAGCAGCCGCCCAGCAGGGUGCCCACAUCAUUGUGACUCCUGAAGACGGCAUUUAUGGCUGGCGUUUCACCAGAGAAUCCAUCUACCCCUACCUGGAGGAUAUUCCUGACCCAGAGGUGAACUGGAUUCCUUGCACUGAUCCCAAAAGAUUUGCUCCUGCUCCUGUGCAGGAACGACUCAGCUGCAUCGCCAGGAACAACUCUAUCUAUGUGGUGGCAAACAUUGGGGAUAAGAAGUUGUGUAACUCCAGUGACCCCAGCUGCCCCAACGAUGGUCGCUAUCAGUACAAUACUGAUGUUGUCUUUGACUCAGAAGGGAAAUUAGUAGCACGUUAUCAUAAGUAUAACCUGUUUAUGUCAGAAAUUCAGUUUAAUAUCCCUAAAGAGCCAGAAACUGUCACUUUUGAGACACCCUUUGGGAAGUUUGGCAUCUUCACUUGCUUUGACAUACUUUUCCAUGACCCUGCAGUGGUGCUGGUGAGGGAUUUACAGGUGGACACCGUGCUGUUCCCAACUGCUUGGAUGAAUGUCUUGCCUUUUUUGACUGCUGUUGAGUUUCACUCUGCCUGGGCUAUGGGCAUGGGUGUCAAUUUACUUUCAGCAAAUACACACAACAUCGACUUGGCAAUGACAGGAAGUGGUAUUUAUGCACCAGAUGGAGCCAGAGCAUAUUAUUACAAUAUGAAGACAGAGGAUGGUCACCUCCUUGUUGCUGAACUCAGUUCACACCCUCGCCUUUCUCCUACCUACUGUCCUGCUGCCAACUGGAGCUUAUAUGCUUCAAGUGUCAACAGAUUCUUACCAAAUAACUAUGAUUUCAGUGGGCUCAUCUUCCAUGACCGCUUCACUUUCACUGAGCUCACUAAGUCUGAAGGGAAUCUCACAGUUUGCCAGAAGGACCUCUGCUGUCACUUGAGCUACAAGAUGGCAGGGAAACAAGAAGAUGAAGUUUAUGUGUUAGGUGCCUUUGAUGGACUUCAUGUUGUUGAAGGACAAUACUAUCUGCAGAUAUGUUCGCUGCUGAAGUGUAAAAGCAGAGACCCAAAAAGCUGUGGGCAGCCCGUGGAGACUGCACAGACCAAGUUUGACAUGUUCUCCCUGAGUGGCACGUUUGGCACUAGCUAUGUCUUUCCAGAAGUCCUGUACAGCGGGGUUCAGCUGGCUCCUGGGGAAUUUGAGGUAUUGAGUGAUGGACGUUUGAUAAGUAAGAUAGGACCAACAAAGCCAAUCAUCACUGUGACGCUUUUCGGACGCUGGUAUGAAAAGGAUCAUCUGAAACAAGACCCACAACCACCAGCCUCCCCAUGCUGUUACCAUAACUGAAGCUGCACACUGCUGACAUUGUGUCCCAAUGAGACAUGCCAUCUUAGGCUAAAACAAUCAUAAUUAUGUUUCUUAGUUCCAGAUGCGCAAGCCUCUCCUCAGUGUGCUUUGCUUAGUGAUAAUGCAGCAUUCUUACUUCGUUGCUGUCACUUACGGAGAAGUAACCCUUGAGUGUGGUAACAACAAUGUGGGGAAAACUGUCAUGGGGUGCGGGCAUAAUGAAAGGAAAGGGCCAGAGCGGUCAUUGUAUCCUGCAUCUGUGGCUUAACCACAGAGCUCUGACCUGCGUAUUCUCUUUGUAGUUCUGCUACCUUUGUAGUUCUUUACUCUACUUCUUAGCUUUGUAAAGCUUGCAGAUUGUCUGAUGUGAGCUGCUUAGUGAUGUCCAGUGCCUGUCAGAUGUGUAGAACUGCCUAGCCCUAAUAAACUCUUACACUUGA